CUCCCCCUCUCUCACUCACUAUACCUCCCUCUGCCUUUCCGUCUAUCGCUCGCAAACAGGCCAAGGACCUCAGCUACUCAGAGAUGGAUCUCCGUGCCAAGCCCAAGAGGUUCGGCACGUUCACCUUUGGCUUGAAGAGGAGGAAGAAGAAGAGUGACGGGGAUCUCUCCCAGAGCAUCGUGGUCCUCCACAGCCCCGAGCCAGAGGUCAAAGGGCAAGAGGAGGAGGAGCCUCUGAACCUCAGCCUCUGGGACAUCGGCCAAGGCGGCACUCUGAACAAGAGGGUAAGGUUCGCUGUGUCUCAGCCUGACCUCAACACUAAGACACUGGUCACCUCUUAUCCUCCUCCCACUGUCCCCAAGAAAUCGCAGGCCCAGGAGCCACCGAUGGACAGUCCUAAGACUGCCACCAACCAACCAAAUUCCCAGAUGGAUAACAUUAUUCCUCUUGAAGUGGGCCGGGCUACAAGAACAGUUCCUUUAGCUAUGCCUGAGAUGGAGUGGAACGAGACCUCACAGGAAGAGGAGAGCCCGGAUGUUCAGUGUGACAACCCUAAUGCCUCAGCAGACCAUACGGACACAGCUUCUCUUAUGGAUGUUGAUAGCUUUAACCCAAGUCCUCCACCUAACCCACCUCUACCGUCCUAUCCAUCUAGCCCACCCCCCUGCAUCCCAUUGAGCCCACCUACAUCCUAUUCCCCCUUUAGCUCUCCUCCUACUAGAGUUUACACCUCAAACCAGAGUGGUGAAAUUUCCCUCUCCCCCUUACCCAGCGCUGACCCUGUGAAUAGUGUCAUUUCUGAUCCCAUCUUUCCUGUUGCUGAACUCUCACUUAGCAAAGCUGAGGCCUCUUAUGUUACCCUCUCCAUUGGCCAACCUGUUGUUGUUGAAAAUAUCAGCACUGUUACCCCUAAUACAGAUCCCUCUCCCAUUGCCUUGGACCCCAAUAUAGAAGCCACUAUUACUGAAACAGACACAACUGUCCCUGAAGUUAAAACCGAGACAUUUCCUCUCAACCCUGAUACUUUGGCUGACAACACUGAGACACCUAUUCUCAUCACCGUCACCUCUGCUCUUAUCACUGUCAACCCUGUUACUGACAUGGACGCCGACUCCAUCAAUGACGCCUCUGUCUCCACCGCUGAUACAUCUAGGCCUAUGCCUGAAACUGUCACCUCCAUCACCUCUGAAGCGAUCAGCACCGCUAUUGCUGAUCCUGGCCCCUCUCUCGCUGAAAUGGUCAUCCCCGUUCCAAGCAUGGACAAAUCUACACCUGAAAUGCGAGCCUCCAUUGCAAACACUGUCAACUUCAUUACCAACAGUGACAACACUGUCCCCAACACUGACACUUUCUCUGCCAACACGGAGGUAUUUGGAACUCUGUGUGACUCACUCUUUCCGCAAAGUUUCACCUCGGAGCAAGAAUCUGCCACAUCAGACAAUGACUCUACCGAGGGAUGCCUUGACACCAACCUACCCAUAAUAAAUGAUGUAACUAACCCACACCUGUCCUUGGAUAACCCCUUUGACUCACCAAGUCCCAUUUUACCUGAAUCAGUUAAACAGGAGUCUGAAACUGCCAUUGAUCACACUGAAGCUAGUGCCGGUGACCCCACCCAAUCAACUCCGUUACAGUCUGCCACAGACACCACUGCUUCCCCUAAUACUAACCUCACUGUUACUGAUAAGGACUCUCAACCAGUAUUCGGAGAUCUUUCCGACUCUCUUUUCCCUGGAAUGUUUCCCUCACAUCACAUGUCUGGCCACACCGCAUCUGCUACCAGUAGUUACACUUCUGGCGUUGUGACAUCGGACGUCACGAUGGACACUCGAUGCACACCUACUAAUAUAGACACUUCUUUUGAAAACGAGCUUCACUCUGUUCCUCAAAUAGACACUGCCCACCCUAGCACAGAUAUCUCCCUCACUGAGCCUGAGGCUUUUGCUUCUCUGUGCUUUGAGCCUACACUCCCCACAACUGAGCCAAUGGAAAUGGAUGACUUAGAGCCUGAGCUUGCCACCUCAGACUCACCUCUCCCAAAUACUGAUGUCGCUGUCCCUGAUACUGGCUCUAGUGACAAAUAUGAAUCUCUCCAUGACUUUAUUUUCCCUGAAAGUUUUCCUUCUGACCAAGUGUCCACCAUUUUUGACCCCGUCCUUGAUAAACCAGUCUAUGUUACGGACACUGAUUCUGAUCUGCUCCGACCAGAUUGCAACACUCGACCAAACCGUGUUGAUCAGUCGGAGCCUUUGACCUCAGCUCUUCCAGUUUACCUUGAUACGGAGGACACUGAAAACACAGAUCCCGUCCUUCAUCAUUCUGACAUGAACAUUGAUAACUCUGAUCACAUUCUCUCAGACAAUGCCACCCUCGUUUCUGACAUUCUUAGCGCUAGCCAUCCAAGCACUAAGAAUUCCAGUACUCGUGAAACCGCCAUCUCCAUUGGUGCGUCCGUCUCCUCAACAAUAGCAGAAACAAUGGCUACUGAGACAGGUCAAGAAGCAGAAGUACAGAUUAUGGAAGAGGAAAAGGGACAGAUUGAGGAGAAUAUUAUGUCCUAUGAUGUAGACCUUGUCAGGGAAAUAUCGAAUGAUAUGUUCACCAUGGUUACUGAGAAAGUUCAAGAAGCAGAGGUGGAGAUUAUGGAAGAGGCCAACAGCAUAGAUUCUAAUAGACAGAUUAAGGAACAUAUGCCCUGUGAUGCAGAAGUUAACAAGGCAAGCUCACAGCAUGUGAUCAUACCAGAGAACAGCAAUGCCAUGGAAGUCGCUAUACCAGCGGUCCAUUACAGCAUCCUGGAGGAUUACAUGGAAGAGAGUGGAGUUGAAGAAGUAAAAUCAGAGGAAAUGAAAGGAAGGGGCCAACAAUGGAGGAAUGGUAAUGGAACCGUUGAAGUGGGAUGGAGUUUGGGAUCACAGAAAGUAACGGAAGUAAUGUUAGAAACAAAGGAUAGAGGUCAAGAGAAUGAAGUCCACCGAGAGGAGAAGAGACACAUUGAGUCCCCAGAAGACAGUGAUGCAGAGAGGCUGGUGCUGGUGGAGGAGAGAGGAGCGAGAGAAGUCUCGUCACUGGUGAAAGAAGAGUGGGAGGAUGGGGUGGAACCAGCCCUACCUGUUCAGCAGGUGCACACACUCAUGGAAUGUGAGUCGCCCGCCCCGCCUUCCAUCACAGAGCAGCAUGGAGAGGAGGAGGGGUCAGGGAGUAACCGGAGUGCAGUUACACACGCUUACCUGGUAACAGAGGCCCGCGCUGAUACACAUACACUCAGACAGACCCCAGGCCACGAAGAGCCACAGGAGUCUCACAGCGCCGAGAAUAAACACGCUGCCACCGACAACAGAGAGAGACAGGACACACUCGCAACACAUAACACACUCGCACACACCACAGACCGAGAGGGGAGCGUUUCAGACACACACACAGUAGAGAAAGUGGACCUAGUCACUCGUACUACCGAGGACACAUCCUCUUUCUCUGAGCAAAAAGCAACAAUAAACACCACGAGCACACAUGGCGAGAACACAUUCACACUUGACAGAGAAGAGACAGCGACAGACACAGAGUCCAAAACACACACUGGAAAGAUAGAACAUAAAGGGACACUCGGUACUGAGUGGAUAGACAGCAUUGUCACGCAGGGAACAGACAGAUCCAGUUCAGAGCCAGUGCCAGAGCAGGUGGCAGUGAAUCCUCCAGUCACACGAGACACAGUCCUCGACAGACUUCGAAAGAGAGCCAACGGUCUUGCCACUGAGGACACAGAGAGACCCGGUGCAGAGCCAGAGCAGGUGGGAGGGAAGCUAUCAGUCACUGCAGACACACUCCUCCACUCACUGAGGAACAGAGUCAAAUUCCUCAGCCAGCCCGAAGGGUCUCUGGAUGCUUCAGCUGUUCUCAGUGCAGCUUUAGAAGACUCUGAGGACUCCGAUUCAGAAAUUCAGCAGAUAGUGGCUGAUCUGGAGUCAGACAGCGAGAUGAAGUCAUACAGUUCCACCCUCACUCUAAGACCCUCUCCCACCCACAAGGGCGUGGACAAAUCAAAACAGGGCUUCCGCAAAGUUUCCCUGGUCACUGACAAUGACACCACAGACCACACUGAAGACAGUGUGGACUACAGUGAAAGCACUAUCAAUGAUCCGAAUAGAACUGAAAGUGACCUAGGUCAAGUCGCACCAGAAUACAAAUGGAGGAACCUGUACGAGGGGGUGCAAACUACUUUCGAACCCACAGGGGAGUCCUGGCGCUCUGACUCUCAGUCAGAUGAGUCAAGAGUGUCCACAUACGAGGGACACUACUCCUCCCUCUCCCCCUCCCUCUCUGUGUACACACUCACCUCUCACGGGCCGCCAUUCCAAGAACCUGGCUUGUCCUCCCUCUCCUCAGAGACACCCCGUUCCCCCGGCAACGGCCGCGGGUUGAGUGACAGGAGCGAAGUUCAGUUGACCCGGGAGAGUAGCGAGCCAGAGGCAGGAACAGGCAGGGGGAGUAGGAAGGAGUGGGAGGAGGAGCUAGCCACUGCACCUGCAGGACGGAGAGAGAGAGAGGUAGAGCAAGAGGGGAGGGAGGGAGAGUCCAUGGCAAGGAAGAUAAAGUCAGGCUGCGACUUGCAAUCACUCCCAGUCUCAAACUUCUCCUCGGCGGGUCAGACCAUUGACAACGUGGACUACAGCAGAGGCAGCAGUGACUCCUACUCCGGACAGUACAAGGCCACACGCGUGGAUCUGCUCCCUUCCCCCUCCUCCUCGGAUCCUUCCCCCUCUUCCUCUCCCGUGACCCCUGACCCGGGCUCCCCCUAUAACCACGACAUAGAGAGCCUGGUGGACACCCUGAAGAGCAUGAACCUUAACCUUCCCCAGAGGCAGAGGAGGCUGCGUGGGACCACCGCCCCCUCCAUCAUCUCCUCCCUGCCCUCCAUCGAGGAGGACACCCCCAGCUCCAGCCCCACCAAUACCAAAUCUCCCCAGGUGCCCCCUGGGUCUCUGCUGGAGGGCCCCAACAGCCGCUACAACCUGCCCGCAGACCUUGGCCUCAACUGGAGUACCCCCAAGGAGAUGCAUUCCCCUCUGGAGUUGAUGAAGCUCCAACAGCAGCUCCAACAGGAGCAGCAGGCUGGAGACCACCAUUGGAACCGUAGAGGUCUCAACCUCCCACUCCGAGCCUCGGCUCUUAGCAGCAUCGUCAUGAGGAAGAGCUCCUUGGGCAGUGACUCUUCCCCAGAGCACUCGCCGUCCCCCCUGCUAAACGGAGGGAGCAGCAACCAGUCUCCAAACCCCUCGCGCCUGGACAGGUCCCUCCUCUACUCCAGCUAUCGUUCAGCAUCGAUUGAUCAACCACAGGAGAACGGCAAGGCCCAUAGCCCAGGCCAGCGGCCCUCUCUGUUCCGUACGGGCUCCCUAACGGACAUAGGGCCUAACCAGGACCACAUGAGCUCAGGGCCUGGUAUGGGCAUGGCUGGUGGGCCUGGUAGCGGACUUGGAUUUGAAUCUGGAGUUGGAACCCAAACUGGAACAGGAACUGACCCUUCAACCCACUUCCGCUACGACCGUUUCUCCUCCCGGAUGUCUGACUCCUUAACCGGAAACAACACAGACACCAACUCUCGAAUGAGCAGGCCCCCUCCCCUCCCUAGCUUCACCUCUACCCGAGAAGGCCUUCUCAGUCCCACAAGCUCAUCUCUGGACAUCCACAGGUCUUUCGCCAAUGCUAACGAGUCCGCAUUAAAGCUCAGCCCGGGGCUGGGUGGUAUGAGUUCCAAUGGCAACGCGGGCUCUGUGGGCUCUAUUGGUCUGGGUCUGCAGAGGAACUUCAGUAACGAAGGCCUGAACUCACCACUGUUCAACAUGGGCUCGCCCCAUGGAGGGUCCCCCAAUGGAGGAUCUCACUUCAGUCCAGAGGCUGAGAAGAACCUGGUGCCCAAGUACAGGGCUUUCCCUGACGCCUAUCUCACCAAGGAGAAAGAACAUGGAAAGCUCAACCCUCGACCAGGAAAGAUGUUCAUCUUUGACCGGCCAGGGAUGUGUGGCCAGAGGAUGGAGGUGUGGAGUGAUGUCGUUGAUGCCACACCCUGGCAACUACAGGAGACCAUCUCUAUCAGGGUUGUCAGAGGAGGCUGGGUCUUGCACGAGAAGCCCAACUUCAAAGGGGAAAAGAUCGCUCUGGACGAGGGGGACAUAGAGCUCACCUACCCCUUCGACCCCCCCGAGGAGGUAGAGGGACAACAACAGCAGAAUGGAGAGGACAGCCAGAAGGAGGGAGGAGAAGAAGUGGUGGCGGCCAAGCCGGCCAGGAGGUUCAUCAUAGGAUCAGUACGACGAGUAGUCAGGGACUACAGUGUGCCAGAGAUCAGUCUGUUCCCAGAGGAGAAUGCAGAGGGGAAGAAGGUGACCUUCAGAGACACGUCAGAUGACGCCAGGAUAUUCGGCUUCCCCAUCAAAGCCAACUCCAUCAUCAUCAACGCUGGACUAUGGCUGGUAUAUGCUCAGCCUUUCUUCCAGGGCGUACCACGUGUUCUGGAGGUGGGGGGGUUCCCCAACCCUGCAGCCUGGGGCGUGGAACAACCUUACGUGGGCUCCGUGCACCCUCUCAAAAUCGGUGAACCAAGAGUGGAGAAACCUGGUGAGCCCAAGCUGGUGCUCUAUGAAAAACCCUACUUCACUGGGAAGACGAGGACAAUCUACACCAACAUGAGAGACUUCAUGACCAGGAAGGAUAGACAGCAGACUGCCUUCAUGUACAGCCCCGGAUCCAUCAAAGUACAGGGAGGCUGCUGGGUGGGCUAUGAGAAGGAAGGUUUCCGAGGCCACCAGUAUAUGUUGGAGGAGGGAGAGUACCACGACUGGAGGGUGUGGGGGGGCUGCGAUGCCGAGCUGCGCUCUGUCAGAGUCAUACGAGCGGACCUGACCGAGCCCAUGUUGGUGUUGUAUGAGCAGCCUGACGUGGAGCAGGAGGUGGACCAGGACAACACCUUUGAGGUGACCGAGGCCAUUCCUGACGUGGAGCUGUUUGGCUUCCGCACCACCACGCGCUCCAUCCACGUCGUCAGUGGAGCAUGGAUCGCCUACUCUCACGUGGACUUCUCUGGUGACCAGUAUGUCCUGGAGAAAGGUUUCUACAGUAACUCUGCUGACUGGGGCUCUUCAGACAACCGCAUCUGCUCUGUCCAGCCCAUCCUGCAGGCUCCAAGUGAAAACGAGGGCAGAGUCAGAAGUGAGGUGAUGCUGUACACAGAGCCAGAUUUCCAGGGGGAAUGCCAUGUGUGUGACAAGAACCAGGAGUCCCUCUCUGACAAGCUCAUUGCCAAGUCCUGCAGAGUGGUGGGAGGAAGUUGGGUGGUGUACGAGGGCCGUGACUAUUCAGGGAACCUGUACAUCCUGUCAGAAGGAGACUACCCCAACUUCACCAGCAUGGGCUGUCCCCCGAACUGUGUCAUACGCUCGCUGAAGACUGUCCCGCUGGUAUUCUCAGUGCCCUCCGUCUCCCUGUUUGGUCUGGAGUGUUUGGAGGGCAGGGAGAUCACAGUGGACACAGAGGUGGCCAAUAUGCUGGAGGAGGGCUACAACAACCAUCUACUCUCGGUCAGAGUCAACCGAGGCUGCUGGGUGAUGUGUGAGCACAGUAACUACAGGGGGCGACAGUUCCUAUUAGAACCCAUUGAAAUCUCCAACUGGCCCAAAUUCAGUCAGCUUCUCACCAUUGGCUCAAUGCACCCAGUACGGCAGAGGCGGCACUUCUUUCGCAUCAAAAGCAAAGAGCGAGGUCACUUCCUGUCCAUCCAGGGUGGCGUAGAGGAAAUGAUGUCGGGACGCGUGGUGGUGACCGAGCAGGUGGAGGGCAUGAGCGAAAUCUGGUUCUACCAGGAAGGCCUCAUCAAGAACAAGUUGGCUCCUACUAUGAGCCUGCAGGUAAUGGGGAACGUGGAGGCGGGGGCGAAAGUGGUGCUGUGGUCAGAGACCCGGCAGCCUGUCCAGACCUGGUCGGCCCAGAUGAGAGGCACCAUCCCCAGCCUCACCUUCCCUGGCAUGGUGUUGGACAUCAAGGGGGGCAAGCAGUACGACAGAGACCAUGUGGUGAUUUUACCAGAGAGCGAGGAGAGGCCUUGCCAACAGUGGGAGCUGGAGCUGCUGUAACCUUCCAAGAACCUUCCCUCAACCUGCACCCUUCACCCGCUCCUCCAAUACAAUACAUUCCAAUAUCCCCAACCCCCCAGAACUCCUGCUUUUCAGUCUGUGGAGAUGGACAUGGCCUUUAGGAAGCACCACAGACUUAACCUUGUGUCAUCGUGGUCAGGCACUCUCAAGAGGACCCCAGAACAUCUUCAUCGCAGUUAAAGGGUUUCUUGAAUUCCGUGAAGAAUCAUAUGAGGGGUUAUCAUUUUUAGCCUGAAUGUGAGGACAGCAGCAUACGAAUGACUCAACAAUCAACAACCAGUGCCUUUGGAUGUGGUCAACUGGAGAAGAUGGGAAGGGUCUUCUUUUCCCCUCCCUUAAAAUGUGUGUAUUUGGAUUAUUCUAUUUACAGACAUUCUACCCUCUCAGAUUCUUCCUUAACUUAGAUGGUAUGACCCGGCUUAGCACACACAGUAGUGGACAGAACCAUUCAGUUGAACCCACUAAUGAUUAUUGGGAAGGUCACGUUACAUCUACUAUAUGAUACAUCAUCUGUGGCUACAAGCAGUAUAUUUAAGAGGGAUUCAUUAAGGAAGCCAACCCUAUGCACAUUAUUUUCUGAAUUGGCUUAUUUCUGUAUUUUUUUUUAAAUUUUGUUUGACUAUGUAAUUUACUACGUUUUGGGAAAACAUUGGAUGGGAAGUGUAUUCUUUAUGCAGUAUAAUACAUACACAAUACAUAUAAUAAUGUAUGAUGCAGUGCAAUGACUCUGUGGGCUUUUAUGCAGUUCCUCUCUAAUGCUACAGUAUGUUCUUCUAUUUCACUAUGGUCUAUCUAUUUUCAUAGAUAUGAAUCAUACAUUGCCAAUAUACCGGUAACUUUCUUAUUUGUAUAUUUAACACAAAUGCCUUGCACCUCAAUGCAUUAUUCUUUGAUACCAAAAAUAGAAUGUGAAAAGAAAUGAGUGGUUAUAAAAGAUAAAAGAUAUAAAUAUUAAAUAAAACUAUCAAAAAUUAAA